UGCUUGCACGCUGGCUAGACGGUGACAAUAUAAUUCUCGAGCCACUGCACAGAUAAAAAAAAUGCGUUGCGCGCGAUUUAUAACGAACACAUACGAAAUUUAAAAAACGAUUUGACAGUUUCUUUUGGCAAAUAUUUUCUUGAAUCGAAUUAAUCGGAAUUGUGAUGUUUUGGUGAUAAGUGGAGUGUUUAUUAUUGAAAUGUUGUUGUGACGGGCGAUGCUUGUGGGGGAGCAGUCGCCGGCACCACGGGUGGUGGCCGGCUUGCGGAAGCUUCGACCUGAAUUGACGCCAGGACCUGUACCUACGCCUGCAGAUCCAAAUCUCAGGAUAUCGGGUGUCCUCAGACAGUAUUACAAUGAUGACGAUGAGUCAUGGGCGUGGGUGCGGGCCGCAGUUCGUGGAGGCUGUCUGCUUGCCUGGCGAGAUGGCACCCUUCCCCGUCGGCCAGCAGCCAGGCUGCCGCUCAGGCACUUGCAUCUGCGCGCCGCAGCGACCCUACCGAAUGCCUUUCAGCUGUCGCGAUUGCGGGACGACGCCUCUGUUGCCACGUUCCAGGCUUGUAAUGCGACGGAAUACGCCCGUUGGGUGCGAGCGCUGUGCGUCGAAAUACUCGGACAAACACCUCUACCACAAGUUAGAUUUUUGGACGUGUUGCCAGCUGCCGACACGUGUAUUAAGGAACCAAAGAAAAUACCUAUACAUGAGACACCCGCAUGUCCUCCCAGACCACCUCCGAGAGCUCGAAGAAGGCUGCUCACAGCCUCUGAGACUCAGUUACCUCGGAGAGACCACUCACCUGCCGCAACGGACGAGGGCAUCGUCGUAGAAGACGACGACUAUGAUUCAUCGUCCGAUCGCAGCCUUGACCUAUCUCUUUCCCUCGACGCUUUAAAGACCAUUGAUGUGGUGGACGCGUCAGUACGAAAAGCUGAAAUUAUCAAAUGCGAUAAUUGCAGUAAACUGAAUGCGAGUCCGCCACAACAUCACACAUUACCGCGUGCGAGAACUACCGAAACUGAGCUAGGUCGACAUAGGUAUCUAAAGCGCUGGGAGGGCACUACAGGCGGAGCGGAGAGAGGCAGAUUUGCAAUGGAAGCGGCGAGAAGAAAAACGGCUUCACUUGAGAAUCGUGCGAGAUCGUGUUCCCCAAACUCUCACGAAGUGGCAACACAAUAUGUUCCUGUACGGGAAAGGCGUGCAUUAUUUGAAUCGCUGUCCCAAAGCGGUGGAAGCUUAGCACGGAGCAGUGAGCAGUUAGCUCGUCCCGUGCCAGUGGCGGAAACGACGCCGAGGCGCGCGGCAUCACUACACGACCUCCAAGCGCCUCCGACGAGGUCAGUGAGCGAUUUGCGGCAGUUCUUUGAGGCGGUUGCGCGAGGCGCGGGACAAUGCUCUGGCCUCCAGAGGCUCAGCGCGCCGACGAAUCCUAUAGGCGUAUUCGCAUCGCUCACUUGUGCCUGACCGAUAUUUUGUAAAUAUUGUAAAUAGCCUAGACUCACGGCGUAGACCGCCGACUGUCACUAAGUCGUUCGUUUUAAGACUGUUAAAAGUAUUGUUAUAAAGUACCUAAUAUAAAUGAACUGUAUUAACUAU